AUGUAUCGGUGGUUUGAGAUUCACUCGAAAUAUUUCGAUCGUGACGCUCAGAAUCUGCUGAACGGUAUGGCGUGCACCACCAACCCGGAACGAUUGAACAGGUCAUUUUGUUGGUUGCGUUAA